CUUCCUCCCAUCACCAUGCAGAGAUUCCUGCCCGUGCUGCUCCUGGCCACAGUGGCCACGGGGGAUGAGACGCGGAUCGUGGGUGGCCAGAAGUGCCAGAAGAGGCGUCACCCAUACCAGGUUGUUCUCUUGGGCCCCCAGAAGAACAUCCACUGCGGUGGGGUCCUCAUUGGAAGCUCCUGGGUGCUGACGGCCGCCCAUUGCGACACUAAGAGCUCCAUUCCCAUCCGCAUGGGUGACCACAGCUUGAAGACCAAGGAAGGGACGGAGCAAUGCAUCUCCUCAGCCAAGGCCUUCAUCCACCCCAACUACAACCCCACCAGCCAUGACAGUGACAUCAUGCUGCUGAGGCUCCAGAAGCCUGCCCGAUUCACAGAGCACGUCCACCCUGUGGCUUUGCCCAAGAGGUGUCCGCCCCCCAACACCGAGUGUGUGGUGUCGGGCUGGGGCAGCACCAGCAGCCCCGAAGGCUACUUCCCUGAUGUCCUCCAGUGUGGUGUGGUCUACACCAUGGCCAACGAGGAGUGCAGCAGGAUCUACCCGAAGGGCAUCACCAAGAACAUGCUGUGUGCUGGUGUCAGCACAGGUGGCACUGACUCCUGCCAGGGUGACUCAGGAGGUCCCCUCGUGUGCCGGGACGAGCUCCAGGGCAUCGUGUCCUGGGGGAUGCAGGUCUGCGGACAACAGGGCAAGCCCGGGGUCUACACCCGCGUGUGCGAGUUCACCUCCUGGAUCCAGGACACCAUGAGGAGGAACAGACACGCGUGUGGCCACGGAGCCCAGCAGAUGCCGCGGCCACCACCGAGGUCUUCGCUGGCCACCGAGGAGGACAAGGGCGAGGGGCACGGCCCCCAGCCCCCGCUGGGGCACAGUGGGGACCCACGGAGAGCAACAUCGGUGGUGGAGGGGGACACACGUGUGGUCGGGGGCAUGGACUGCGAGCCCCAUUCGCAACCAUGGCAAGUGGCCAUCUUGGACAUGUACAAGCUCUACUGCGGUGGGGUCCUGGUGGACAAGGAGUGGGUGGUGACGGCGGCCCAUUGCACCACGCCAGGGAUCACUAGCGUGCACAUGGGCAAACACAACCUGUACACCCGGGAGCGCGGGGAGGUGCAGAAGAUGGUGCAGAAGAUGGUGGCCCACCCCAGCUAUGACCCCACCACCAAGGACAAUGACAUCAUGAUGAUGAAGCUCCUCACGCCUGUCACCAUCACCGACAGGAUCAAGCCCAUCUCCGUGGCCUCCUGCCUGCCACAGCCGGGGACCACCUGCACCACGUCGGGAUGGGGAGCCACCACCUCCCCUGAAGUCACUUACCCGGACGUCUUGCAGUGCGUCAACGUCACCAUCUUCUCCACGGCUGAAUGUCACCGCCUGUACCCUGGCUCCAUCACCGACAACAUGCUCUGCGCCGGCAGCCUCCAAGGUGGGAGGGACUCGUGUCAGGGUGACUCUGGAGGACCCCUGGUUUGCAACAGGAGCCUCCAAGGGAUCGUGUCUUGGGGCAUGGAGAAGUGCGGGCAGCCCAAGCGCCCCGGCGUCUACACCAAGCCUCCAUAUGAACAAGUGGGGGAGGGACCCACAAUGGCUGCACCUGGAGCCCCCCCCCUGCUACUGCUGCUGCUGCUGCUGCUGCCCCCCAUGGGUGCAACCGCUCCUCAAUGGGGAGGCCGCAUCCUGGGGGGCUCCCCAUGCCCCAUGGGGGGCCAUGCGGGGCUCGUGCUGCUGCUGUACUUUGGCUCCCCCUACUGUGGGGGGGCGCUGCUGGGACCCCAGUGGGUGCUGAGCGCAGCGCAUUGUGAGGCCAGCCACAUCCAGGUCCUGGCUGGUGCCCACAGCCUCUCGGCCUCCUCGGGCCAGGAGCAGUUCUCAGCGGCCGUGGCCUCCAUCGCCCACCCCGGCUUCGGCUCCGGCAGCCGCGGCCAUGACCUGAUGCUGCUGCGCCUGGAGCCCCCCCUCAACCUCUCCAGCGCCAUCCAGCCCCUGCCCCUGCCCCACGCCCCUGCCGACACCGGCGCCAACUGCACCGUCAUGGGCUGGGGCACCACCACCAGCCCCCAGGAGACCUUCCCAGACACCGUCCAAUGCCUCAACGUCUCCGUGGUUGACGGCACUGAGUGCAGCUCUGUCUACGGCUCCCAGGUGACGCAGGACAUGGUGUGCGCCGGGGCCAAUGCCGGAGGCAAGGACUCCUGCCAGGGUGACUCCGGGGGGCCCCUCAUCUGCAAUGGGGUCCUCCAGGGCAUUGUCUCAUGGGGGGACCACCCCUGCGGGCAGCCGGGGCGGCCGGGGGUCUACACCCGGGUGUACAACUACGUGCCCUGGAUCCUGGAGAGCAUGGGGGAGGCCUGAGCCCCACGCCUCCCGCAUGGGAGCCACCACGGAACCCAUCAAGGACCAUCUGAUCCCACCAU